CGAUAAUAGAUCUAGAUCUAUAUUUUAUAUAGGUCUGUGGUUCAUUCAUUGUGUACAAAAAAAGUCUGCGAAAAUAUGUCGACGACUAUUGAUGUUUCCGUGGUUCCAACAAGACAGAAUUCGCAUUCGGAAAAAUGUCAUUUCAUUCCAUGUGAUAUAAACUUUGACGGAGAAGCAAAUGUUUCAGACUUUUUCAAUACCACAAUAUCUAGAUCUACUGAGGCAGAGCAACAAAUCGAGACUGAAACUUUAACUGCUGUCUUUAGAGGAAGGCCUUUAAAAGGAAUUGAGAUUUCUAUUCCAUCUGGUUACACAGGUAUUGUUGUGAAGGACCCAGUCACAAGAACAACAGAUGAUGAAGAUAGGUGUAUUAUUGCUACUCAUUCUUUUGAUCGAUUUAAUUUCUGGAAUCUGGACAAGGUUCCAACAUCAGAUGAUUCACUCCAGAAAGGAUUUCAGUGGGUGGAUAUAGCAUCUGCUCUCCACAGGCCAAUAGUUGAUGAUACUACAGAAGAUUUAAGCCAAAGAAGUAUCAAGGGGCAGUAAUCCUUUGCAAUGGAACCUAUACCAAUGUUUACAGCUUAAUGGCUAAAGAGAGGUUAAAAAGUAUGACUCUACUGAAUAACUAACAUUCAUUUACAUGAUUUCACCUUCCAGAAAAGAAACAACAACCUUUUCUUUGUUACAAAAUGUAUUUGAUGAAAUAGUUCAUGAAAUUUAGUCUCUCAAACCACAAAAUGACAAUAUGCAUUUUAAAUGAGUGUUUUUAACUAUUUGAUCUUUUUUUUUUUAAAUUUAGGAUGCUUUAAUGUAAUAUGUAAAUAAGUUGCAAUAUAAAUGAUCAUGUUCUUAUAUUGGCACUAAAUGAUUUAAUAAAACAUCUGUCUACUACAACUUUGCUUUGUCCUUUAUAUUACAAGUUUACUUAAUUUGUAAUUAUAAACAAGUAAAGUUCCCCUUUCAGACAUUGUGUUCUGUGAGCCAUAGGGCAGAUGAUGUAAAGGUCAUUGUUUCUAUGGCUAACAGUUAAUAUGGAAGUUAUGUGGCCAACUGCCUUACUUUAUCCAUUAGUCCCAGAAAUCCUAAAAUUCAAAAUCCCAAAAUGCUCUUUACCAAUAGCCAACAUGCCCUCUAAUUAUAAACAGCAUAUCUCAAAAUUAGCACAUGAUUGCAAAACUUCUUCCACAAAGUAACAUUUUUAAUUUCUAUGAAUUAGUAUUCAGAAUAUUAGGCAUAUGCAGUGGCGUCACUUGGGGGGUGACACCCGAAUGAAAAAAAAAAAAAAGAAUAUUGGCAAAAACUAGAAAAAAAAAACUUGAAUGGAAAAAUUGAAUA